AUGCGAGCUCGCGCUGGCAUAUUCGUGGGCUACGAAGAAGUGUCCAAGGCAUAUCGUGUAUUUGACAUUGAGGCGGGGCAGGUGGUUAUCAGCCGCGAUGUCAACUUCGACGAGUCCACCUUUGGACUUCAACUGCCGAUCACUGAUGAAGAUGUCGAUGACCUGGACUUCGAAUUGCUGGAUCUUGAUGACGAAGAGCUGCGUCAAAUGGAGUACAAGCAAACAGGCAAGCGCAAGAACCGACUCAAUGAUGAAGAUACAGCAGCUCCACGACCGCGUGCAGUGCGUCAACGACCAGGACUAGAAGAGUCAAGCGCGCCGGAAAACAACUCGUCACGACAAGAAGAAGACGAAGAAACGAAGGAUUCUGGUGAUUCAACACCGCCUGUGUUUUGGCGUGCGAGUGCAAAUGCCGUUGAAGCAGCAGUGGACUUAUCAGAACCCUCAACAUUUGAAGCAGCAGUAAGCGGCCCUGACCAAGUGCACUGGAGAAAAGCAAUUCAUGCAGAGCUCGAGUCAAUGCGACUUCGCGGUGUGUCUCGUGCAGCCAAGCUGCCCAACGGACAACGCGCCAUUGGCACAAAAUGGGUGUUCAAGAUCAAGCGCAAGGUGGAUGGGUCAAUCGAGAAGUACAAGGCACGACUUGUGGCCAAGGGUUUCCGCCAAAAGUAUGGCAUCGACUACACGGAGACGUUUUCGCCUGUGGUCAAGUAUGUGACGCUGCGAAUGGUGAUCGCAAUUUCCAAGCAUUUUGGAUGGCCCAUCGACCAGCUUGAUGUGGUGACAGCUUUCCUGUAUGGCGUCAUGAAGGAACAAGUGUUCUGCGUGAUUCCUGAAGGCGUCGAACUUGACAGUACGUUCGACUGCCUGGAAUUGGUGAAGUCAAUUUACGGCCUCAAGCAAGCGUCGCGAGUGUGGAACGAGACGUGUUGA